ACUCACUGAAAACAAAAAGCUAUAAACAUUCGCAAAUGUGCACGAAGCAGAGCCUGGCGUUAGAUUUGCGUUAUCUUUUGAUAUUCAAAUAGAUGGGACAAUUUUGUGAUCAGCUCAGCUAGCCGGUGUGCUAAUGAUACAUUGAUAUGAAAGCUUACAGAGGAACAUCUGGACACUCCCCCUCCCACUAUGGCCGACUCCAUGGAGAUAGAUGAUUCUCUGUACAGUCGGCAGCGGUAUGUACUGGGAGACAGCGCUAUGCAGCAGAUGGCCCAGUCUGCUGUAUUUCUCAGUGGAAUGGGAGCUCUUGGAGUCGAAAUAGCGAAAAAUAUUGUUUUGGCUGGAGUGAAGGCAGUCACCCUGCAUGACUGUAAGCAAUGUGAAGUUUGGGAUCUGGGUACCAACUUUUUUAUCAGAGAGGAGGAUGUGCAUAGCCAGAAAAAAAGAGUGGAAGCUGUUCAUUCUCGAGUGGCCGAGUUAAACCCAUAUGUUCAGGUCAGUGUGUCCUCUGAUGUCUUGGAUGAAAGCACUGACCUCAGCUUCCUGAAGAGAUACCAGUGUGUAGUGCUAACCGAAACAAAGCUGAACUUACAGAAACAGAUCAAUAAUUUCUGCCAUGCUCAGCAGCCUCCUAUCAAGUUCAUUGGCUGUGAUGUGUUCGGGAUCUCCUCGCGAGUGUUCUGUGAUUUCGGGGACACGUUUGAGGUGUCUGAUCCUACGGGAGAAGAACCGAAAGAACUCUUCAUCCAGAGCAUCACUCAGGAAACAUCUGGGGUGGUUAUGUGUAUGGACAGUCGAACACAUGGACUCCAGACAGGACAGAGUGUGUGUUUCAAGGAAAUUAAUGGCAUGACUGAACUCAACGGUACUACACACCAAGUUACAGUUCUUUCCCCCUACAGUUUUGCAAUCGGAGAUACCUCAUCGUUCCAGCCGUAUACACACGGAGGAAUCCUUCGCCUGGUUAAGACCCCCAAAACAAUCAGCUUUGAGACCAUGGAACAGCAGUUAUCCGACCCUCGGCUCCUCACUCCAGACUUCAGUAAACCAGAGGUUCCUCUACAGCUUCAUGCAAUCAUGUUAGCUUUGGAUGCCUUCCUGGAACAGCAUGGCAGACAUCCCAAGAUUGGUUGUUUGCAGGAUGCUGAGCUGCUCCUGAAGUUCACAGAGGAGAUCAGCAAAACACUAAAAAACAAAGCAUCUAUAAAUGAAGAGCUGGUGAGGUGUGUUUCGCGCUGCUCGAGGGGUUGUCUCUUUCCUCUCGCCGCAGCGGUGGGUGGCAUUGCAAGUCAGGAGGUGCUGAAGGCUCUCACCGGAAAGUUCACCCCUCUUCAGCAAUGGUUUUAUCUCGAUGCAAUGGAGGUGGUUCAGCCCCUACAGUCUCUCCCUGCUGAAGAAUUUGCAUCAAGGGGUGAUCGGUACGAUGCUUUGAGGGCAUGUAUCGGCGAGUCGCUGUGUUUGAAGCUGCACACAUUUCAAGUUUUUAUGGUGGGCUGUGGAGCUAUUGGCUGUGAGAUGCUAAAAAAUUUGGCACUGAUGGGUGUGGGGCUAAACAGAUGCUCAGGAGAGAUUUGCAUCACCGAUCCAGAUCUGAUUGAAAAAUCCAACCUUAAUCGACAAUUUCUCUUCAGACCUCAUCAUAUACAGAAACCUAAAAGCACUACAGCAGCAGCCGCUACAUUAGAAAUCAACCCGGAACUACAAAUAGAUGCUCAUCUGAACAAAGUGUGUCCUGCUACAGAGGACAACUAUAGCGAUGUUUUCUUCUCCCGCCUCAACGUGGUGGUCACCGCACUUGAUAACGUGGAGGCGCGAAGAUACGUGGAUAGUCGGAGCGUAUCCAAUCAGAAAGCUCUGUUAGACUCUGGUACCAUGGGGACGAAAGGACACACGGAGAUCAUCAUCCCAAACCUCACUGAGUCCUACAAUAGCCAUAGAGACCCACCGGAGGAAGAGAUUCCCUUCUGCACUCUAAAGUCUUUUCCUGCUGUUAUUGAACACACCAUACAGUGGGCAAGAGACAAGUUCGAGAGCGCUUUCUCCCACAAACCCUUCAUGUAUAACAUGUUCUGGCAGAGUCAUCCAUCAGCUCAAGAUGUGCUGCAGAGAUUGAUGGCUAGUGAGAGUAUGGAAGGAGCAUUUCAGGUCAUUAAGCUGUUGAGUCGGAGACCAACCCGCUGGGAUCACUGUGUAGCUCUCGCUCGCCUCAAAUUUGACAAGUACUUCAAAAGAAAGGCAUUACAACUACUGCACUCAUUUCCACUGGACACACGACUAAAGGAUGGCAGUCUGUUCUGGCAAUCACCCAAACGGCCGCCAUCUCCUAUAGAGUUUGACCUCAGUGACCCACUGCAUUUUAGUUUUGUUGCCAGUGCCGCUCGCCUCUUUGCUGGAAUUUAUAAUAUCCCAUACACAGAAAAGAAUCUUUCUUUCGAGGCUGUAUUGAGUGUUUUAUCUGGAGUAGAUGUUCCUGAAUACAAACCAUCAGAAAAGCAUAUAGAGACAGAUGAGAGCAUUAAAAAACCUGAUCAGAUGAAGAUGACGGUGAGCAGUGAAGAAGAGCGAGAAGCCAUCACACAGCUACAGGAAGCUAUCGACUCCAACGUUAUUACAGCAGAGAGACUACACAUGACUCCGUUGUUCUUCGAGAAAGACGAUGACUCAAACGGACACAUGGAUUUUAUAGCAUCGGCGUCUGCUCUCCGGGCUCGUAUGUACGCCAUCGAAGCCGCUGACCGACUGCAAACCAAACGGAUCGCGGGCAAAAUCAUCCCCGCUAUCGCCACAUCAACCGCCGCUGUCUCAGGACUGGUGGCAGUUGAGUUGAUCAAAGUUGCUGGUGGUUAUGGAUUCGAAUCGUUUAAAAACUGUUUCUUCAACCUAGCCAUUCCAGUCAUGGUGCUCACUGAAACGGCACAGGUUAAGAGAACCCAGAUCAGAGAUGACAUUUCCUUCUCUAUCUGGGACCGUUGGACUGUCUUUGGUCAUCAGGACUUCACCUUAUCUGAGUUCAUAAGCGCAGUCAGAGAGAAGUAUGGAAUCGAGCCCACUAUGGUUGUUCAUGGAGUAAAGAUGCUGUACGUGCCGGUCAUGCCCGGCCACAACAAAAGACUCAAACUGACAAUGCAGAAACUGAUCAAACCCUCAGCAGGCAGGAAAUAUGUAGACCUCACUGUAUCAUUUGCCCCUGAGGUGGAUGGGGACGAAGAUCUGCCGGGUCCACCAGUGCGCUAUUACUUCAGUCGAGAAAGCGAGAGCGGCAACACAGCCUGACGCACGCACUCUUCUCUCUUUUGGCCCGUGGACCACUAGCGGAGUAGCACUUAAUCCGACCCCAUGUACAUAGUGAAUUUUCAUUUUCUACUGGUUUAUUAUUUUAUUGCGCAGUGUUGUCUGUGCAGAUGCCUUAAGAUAAUUAUAUUGUGCUUCAAUGUGACAAUAAUAUUAAUGCUCUGAUGAGUAAAACGAAAACAGUGUUUACACGAUC